AGAUGGCUUGGCAGAUUUUCCUUGUACCAAUGUUGCUUCACAAGACCUGAUGGCAACUCAAGCUAGCCUUAAAAAAGAUGCAACCCCUCUGCCACCAUCUAUCUCUCUCCCCACAAAAUCUUCCUUCUACAACAUGAGCCCUUCAAGAGAGAGGCAGGAAUUGCUGCCUCUUGAUCUUCAUCAGAACAUCCCAAAAGCAGCUCCCCUCAUGAGCGGCAAAAUGAUUGAAGAUGAGUGGUCCGUAAAGCAACCAAAGAGAGAUGGCUUUGACAGCUUGGAAAGCAUUGUGCGGAUUAAGGAAGCGGAAGCCAGAAUGUUCCAGAGCCGGGCAGAUGUGGCACGGAGGGAGGCAGAGGGUUACAGGCGCAUGGUUAGGAUGAAGAGUGAUAAAUUGGAAGAAGAGUAUGCUGAGAAGCUAUCCAAGCUGUGUUUGCAGGAAACUGAGGAAAGGCGCAGAAAGAAGCAGGAGGAGCUCAAAAAUCUGGAAAACUCGCAUUGCGACUAUUACAAGAUGAAGAUGAGAAUGAAAGCUGAAAUUGCAGGCUUGUUGGAGAGAAUGGAAUCCACAAAGCAGCAGUUGGUGUAGCCAUUUUCUUUCUUUCUUUCUUUCUUUCUUUAAUUAUUUCCAGUGAGAUUGGUUACAAUGAGAUGACAAUUGUUGUUCUUUGUGUUUAUUGCCUUUUCUGAAUUUUUUUUGGUUCUUCAAAUGGAAAUUGCAUGUUGCUUUUGCUGUACUAUUUUGAUAUUCUUUUCAUUUUCCUCUACCUUUCAACUAGUAGCCUAAAGUUCAAAUUGAUACUAGAUUAAAGUGGUCCAGGACAUAAUUUUCAAAUUUGGAAGAGCUUA